GUGGAGGGCCUGAAAUGGGCAAGAGGCGAAGAUGCCACGUGAGUGUUCUCCAUUCAUGACUCACCCUCUCUGCCUCCUCCUCUUCAUUGCUCAACUCAAAGCUCUCUGGGAAAUACCUCCCUGACUGGGGACCAAGUCAGUGCCUCACAGGGUAAUUGAGUCAUGAGGGGUGGAGAAGAGGGAGGGAGGUAGAGGAUAAAUAGCAGCUUUGCUUCUCUGGCUCCUCUCUGCAUCCUCCCCACCCUGCCAACAACAUGCACCUUGCCAGUUUGCUCAGCUCCUGCUCCCUCCUACUGCUCUGGGGGGCCCUUCCUGGAUGGGCGGCCAAUGAUGACCCCAUUGAGAAGGUCAUUGAAGGAAUCAACCGAGGGCUGAGCAAUGCAGAGAGAGAGGUGGGCAAGGCCCUGGAAGGCAUCAAUAAUGGAAUCACUCAUGCUGGAAGGGAAGUGGAGAAAGUUUUUAAUGGACUUAGCCACAUGGGGAGCCAAGCUGGCAAGGAGCUGGACAAGGGCGUCCAGGGGCUCAACAACGGCUUGGACAAGGUAGCCCAUGGGAUCAACAAUGGCAUCGGACAAGCAGGAAAGGAAGCAGAGAAGUUUGUCCAUGGGGUCAACAACGCUGCUGGACAGGUUGGGAAGGAGGCAGACAAAGUGAUUCAGGGGGUCCAUCAUGGGGUCAACCAGGCGGGAAGCGAGGCAGGGAGGUUUGGCCAGGGGGUCCACCAUACUGCUGGGCAGGCUGGGAAUGAGGCGGGGAGGUUUGGCCAGGGGGUCCAUCAUGGGGUCAACCAGGCUGGGAAGGAGGCAGAGAAGUUUGGUCAGGGGGUGCACCAUGGGGUCAGCCAGGCUGGGAAGGAGGCAGAGAAGUUUGGUCAGGGGGUCCAUCAUGGGGUCAACCAGGCUGGGAAGGAGACAGAGAAGUUUGGUCAGGGGGUGCACCAUGGGGUCAGCCAGGCUGGGAAGGAGGCAGAGAAGUUUGGUCAGGGGGUCCAUCAUGGGGUCAACCAGGCUGGGAAGGAGGCAGAGAAGUUUGGUCAGGGAGUGCACCAUGGGGUCAGCCAGGCUGGGAAGGAGGCAGAGAAGUUUGGUCAGGGGGUCCAUCAUGGGGUCAACCAGGCUGGGAAGGAGGCAGAGAAGUUUGGCCAGGGGGUCCAUCAUGGGGUCAACCAGGCUGGGAAGGAGGCAGAGAAGUUUGGUCAGGGGGUACACCAUGGGGUCAGCCAGGCUGGGAAGGAGGCAGAGAAGUUUGGCCAGGGGGUCCAUCAUGGGGUCAACCAGGCUGGGAAGGAGGCAGAGAAGUUUGGUCAGGGGGUGCACCAUGGGGUCAGCCAGGCUGGGAAGGAGGCAGAGAAGUUUGGUCAGGGGGUGCACCAUGGGGUCAGCCAGGCUGGGAAGGAGGCAGAGAAGUUUGGUCAGGGGGUGCACCAUGGGGUCAGCCAGGCUGGGAAGGAGGCAGAGAAGUUUGGUCAGGGGGUGCACCAUGGGGUCAGCCAGGCUGGGAAGGAGGCAGAGAAGUUUGGUCAGGGGGUGCACCAUGAGGUCAGCCAGGCUGGGAAGGAGGCAGAGAAGUUUGGUCACGAUGUUCAUUAUGCUGCAGGGCAGGCUGGGGGAGAGGGGGACAAAAUAGUCCAAGGGGUCCAUCCUGGAGUCAACCAGGCUGGGAAGGAGGUGGAGCACUUUGGCCAGGGAGUCCACCAUGGGGCUAAUGAGGCCUGGAAGGAGGCAGAGAGGUUUGGCCAGGAGGCCAACUAUGCUGCAGGACAGGGUGGGAAAGAGGGAGAGAAAGUGGUCCCAGGGGUCCACCAGGGAGUCAACCAGGCUGGGAAGGAGGUGGAGCACUUUGGCCAGGGCGUUCACCAUGCCGUUGAACAGGCCGGAAAGGAGGCAGACAAAGUGGUCCAAGGGGUCCACGAUGGGGUCAACCAGGCCGGGAAGGAGGCAGAGAAAUUUGGUCAAGGGGUCAACCACGCUGCCGGCCAGGCUGGAAAGGAAGCGGAGAAGCUUGGCCAAGGUGUCCACCAUGCUGCUGGCCAGGCCGGGAAGGAGGUGGACAGGUUGCAGCAGAAUGUUCAUAAUGGGGUCAACCAAGCCGGCAAGGAGGCCAACAAGCUGCUGAAUGGCACUCAUCCAGGCGUUUCCACCGGCCAGCACGGAGGGGGCGCAACCACAACAUUAACAUCUGGAGCCUCGGUCAACAAGGCCUUCCUCGACUUUCCAGCUCUGUGGCAGAGCGUCAUCGCCAUCAUUCCCUAAACUGAUGCACUGGCCUUACUCAGCAGACUGACUUUCCUGUUGUCAUACUAGCUGACAGGACCUGGAGGAGCUGGGGGUGGGGGGACAGAUUUCCUGAGUCUCGCAAGGGGUCUGUACUGGGAUUUGUGAAUAAAUACGACGCGCUUUUACUCUCA